UCCAGUUACUACGGCAGGCCCGUGUACAGCCCAGGAGCCCCCCAGCACCUCUGCACAGUCGAGAGAUUGAGAAGCUCAAAAAACCUUGCUGAAGAAACCCUAGCUGCCAUUUUCGUAAACUCUCUCAUCUCUGCCACCCACUGUCCAGCGAGCCUUUCACCCGUCGACAGCCAUGGGUAUCGAUUUGAAGGCAGGAGGAAAGAGCAAGAAGACGAAGCGCACAGCCCCAAAGUCCAAUGAUAUCUACCUCAAGCUUCUUGUCAAGCUGUACCGGUUUCUGGUGAGGAGGACUGGGAGCAGCUUCAAUCAAGUGGUAUUGAAGAGGUUGUUUAUGAGCAAGAUCAACAAGCCUCCACUCUCUCUGUCCAGGCUUAUCCGCUUCACUAAGGGAAAGGUUUGGUCGCCUGAGGACAAAAUUGCUGUUGUGGUGGGAACGAUCACUGAUGACAUUAGGACCUAUGAGGUUCCAGCUUUGAAGGUUACUGCCUUGAGGUUCACUGAGACUGCUAGGGCCAGAAUUGAGAAGGCUGGUGGGGAGUGCUUGACAUUCGAUCAGCUGGCUUUGAGAGCUCCUCUUGGCCAGAACACUGUUCUCCUCAGGGGUCCCAAGAAUGCUCGCGAGGCAGUGAAGCACUUUGGCCCAGCUCCUGGUGUGCCUCACAGCCAUAGCAAGCCUUAUGUUAGAUCGAAGGGAAGGAAGUUUGAGAAGGCUAGAGGAAGGAGAAACAGCAGGGGUUUCAGGGUCUAAUUUGUGGGGUGUUUUAGUCUCUCGAACAUGCAAACCUUUCGUGAUGUUUUCUUUAUAGUUCCAAAAUUUGCUAGAACCCUGGGAAUUAAUCAAACAUCUUUUUAUGCUUGCUGUUCAAUAGUUGGAAAUUUUGUUCUUGUUGUCUGCGAUGAACAACAAUGCUUAAUUUUGUCAACUUCGUCAUUACCAUUGCAAGAUUUAUCUUGCCUCUCUCUCUACACCCAUUUUAAGUAGAGAGAUGAACUACAGGCCUGUUACCAUGCCGUUCAU